GUAGGAAGGGGGGUCGAGUUGGGCUCAACAUGAACCUGCCGCUCUGACACUCCGGGCUGGGACAAGCAGGCAGCAGCCGGCCGGCCGCCCCCCGAGCAGCAGUCGCACAGGGGAACCUGCCUGCAGCACUGCCUUGAACAUCUGCAACAAGUUUUUACCUGGGUGCUGAUGCGCUCAUGGCUGUCGCUUAUGGUACUGUCACCCAGCUGGGCCUGCUUUCCCAGCAGUACCCUCCCCCCCUGCUGCCCAAGCCUGGAAAAGACAACAUUCGGCUUCAGAAGCUCCUCAAAAGAACUGCCAAGAAAAAGGCCUCCGCUCAAGCAUCGCAGUCCGCUGCACCUUUCCGCUCCAGCCUUUCCCCUGUGAACGAAGCAAGUCCUGACCUUGAGCACAGUGACCACUCCACGCCUCCUAAGACUCCAGAGACACCGUUCAGCCUCUACAAUGUUCAGCAGCCUCCACGGUUCACCGUCAGGCCGCUGUAUCAACAUGUGGCAUCCCCUUACCCGCAGCGUGCAGCUUACGGCAAAGCAGCGAGGUUCUCACCUCAGACAGUGGCGACACCGUCAUAUUCUUACUCACAGCACGUUACCAUAGUUUCUUCAUAUUCUGCAUCAACCCACCUUCCUGGAGUCUCAACAGCUCCAGGGCCAGUUGCCGAGCUGGAGGUGCCCAAAAUACCUCUGCCAGCCUCCUCUGUACCUGAGACAACAGCUCCAGCUGCUGAAGGGAAAAUGCCAGCUUUUAGCACAUUUGCUGAAACUCAUGUUGACCUUAGACCUACUGCUGCUGCAGGAACCCUACAGACAAAAGGUCCAGGUCCAACUCCUUAUAUAGCAACUGGGGGUCAAGCUGUGAUUCGUCCUCUCACUGUGUUGACCACGCUCAAAUGCAAAAGUCCACGUCCAACAUUCAAAGCAACGGAACCUUCAAGAUCACCCAAACCGAUGUUUGAUGUUCCUCAAAUUAGGAUGUACACGGCGAGCACAUCAUACUACGAGUCAUCCAGGACCCCACCAGUGUAUGACACAGCUGGAUUAACUGCUAUUGGCAGCGCAGUACCUCAAAGUAAAGAUCUGACUUCAACAUCUGAGGUUAAAAGAGGUGCAACACCAACGGCUCUGCCUCCUUUACUGGGCACAGACCCCCAGAGGAAAACACCAACCCCAGAACCUAAAAGAGGCACUACACCAACAGCAGAGAUUAUUACAAGCAUAACUCCAACAGCUGAAAUGAAAAGAGCCACUCCAACGUCUGAAAUCAAAAGGGCUACCCCAACACCUGAAAUGAAAAGAGCUACCCCAACAUCUGAAAUCAAAAGGGCUACCCCAACGCCUGAAAACAAAAGGGCUACCCCAACAUCUGAAAUCAAAAGAGCUACCCCAACAUCUGAAAUCAAAAGGGCUACCCCAACAUCUGAAAUCAAAAGAGCUACCCCAACACCUGAAAUCAAGAGGGCUACCCCAACAUCUGAAAUCAAAAGGGCUACCCCAACACCUGAAAUCAAAAGGGCUACCCCAACAUCUGAAAUCAAAAGAGCUACCCCAACAUCUGAAUUCAAAAGAGCUACCCCAACAUCUGAAAGCCAAGUUACACCAACUUUUGAGUUUCAAACAUCAAGAACACCAACAGGACGACCUAAAACCCCGGCAUACUAUAUGACUCGGGCUGCAACACCUGUCUUUGAAGUCUCAAAACCCAAUCCUCUCUUGUUUGCUGUGUCACCAAUCACAGUAGAGCCAGAGAGGUCAAGAACACCUGAACCUGCUGAGACGAUACUGAAUGGGGACAUUCAUUUGGACAUGACACCUCCAGUUAAACCAAUCCAACAAACAAUUACAAAGUCAAAAUCAGAGCCUGAUCUGACAAGACAAACUGCUCCAGCAGGCUCUCAAAGACCUAAAAGUCCAAUGUCUGAGCUACAGACACCAACGGUGACUUCUUACGGCAAUCAGAGGCCCAAGACUCCAACAUAUGAGGCAUCCCGACUUAUGACCACAUCACCUGGUUAUAGAAGACCAAAGACACCUACAUAUGGGACAUCACCUUCCGGUGUAUCACCUGUAGCCUUUCAGAAACCUAAAACUCAAACCCAAGUGGCUCAAAAACCAAAGUCUGGCUACCGUGGAUUGACACCGGCUGAAUAUGCUGCUUACGGUGGAAUCAGAACUUACACUCCAGCAUUUGCUGUCUCCGGUUCUAAGCUGCAAACUGAGGUGGAGGUUAAAACCUCAAAAGAGGAACCAGCAGAACGUAAAACACCUAGCCAAGAACCAUCUGUGAAGGUACAAUCUAUGUCUGAGGUGUCUAAAGCCAAAGAGACCCCCAAAGAUGUAGAUAAACCCCACGUGAGAGAUGAGACUGGCACCACCCCCUUGAUCCCUGCUAUUAUUGUUUCACAGGCAUCUGACACCACAGGAACAACACAAAAGACAAGUUCAGUAUCAAGUCAACUUGCAGCCAAACAAGAAAUAACAGUGAUUCAAGAAACACCAAAGGCUAAACCUCCAACAGCUGAGGAGAAAACUCCUGUGAAACCGAAGGUGGAAGCACAAAUUCAAGAAGCUGCCAAACCAACAACACCUUCUGAAGCCAAACACCCUCUGCCUAAAGGGGACGACCAGGAUCCUCUGAAGGCAGUGAGAAAACUUUUAGGCAAAGAUAAAGUACAGAAAUCUGCAACUCAAACAAAAGCUGACAUCUCAGUUAAAAAAGAGCCAGCGAAACCUGUAGCUGCCGUCAAGACUAAGGUCGAAGACUUUAAGGCAGCUGAGCCAACAGGAAGUGAAGACAAAGGAGAAGAAAAGAAAGCAGAACCAGACUCAGCAGUUAAAUCUGUACCUGAAAAAAAGGAAGCUGAGGAAGCCCUCCCGGAAGCUGAGCCCCUUCUUAAAGUCAUACAAAAGCCAAAGGGAUUGAAAUCCAAAGUCAGCGGUUGGUCCCGACUCAAGAAGCACAUGGUGGUGGAGCAGGAGGAGCCCAAAUUUCCAGAGGUAGGCCCUCAGAAGGAGGCCACUGGGCAGGACCAGAGCGAGGUGAAAAAGGUUGACGAGAAGGCUGCUGACAAAACUGGCACUCAGGACGAGAACCAAACCAAAGACGCCCCCAUAGCAACAAAGAUGUGGGACGCCGUCCUCUUCCAAAUGUUUUCCUCUAAAGAGAACAUCAUGCACCAGAUUGAGUUAAACAAAAGCGAGGAGGAGAAGAAGAAGGACAAAGAAGGAAAGGACGAGUCGAAAGAGAUACCUUCAUUUGCUUUCCGGCUGCCUGUGCUGCUUUUUAGUCCAAAGUUUGAUGCUAAAAAGCUUAGAGAGGCGGCGUCGAGGCCCGUGACAAAAAUUUCAACUGUUUUUGAAAUGGGUCUGAUUGGGCGGAAAGGUAAAGACGAGGAACCAAAAGACUUUAAUAGAACAGCAAAGGGGUUCGCUACUACUUAAGCUAAUAUAAUAAAGUGCCAGGAUGAAAAUGUGAAAAACAAACAAAAAAAAGUUCUGAUAUGUUUUAUGUACAGGUGCAGAAAUCUUAGUCUUUGUGUUAAACAAAUGACGUUUGUGUUGUAGAAAAGUCGGCUCUGAACUUUAUACUUGACAAAUGCUUUGUGUUGCAUUCGUGUGACUGGUCGUCUGGAUGUUAAAUGUUUGUAUUUGUGGAUUAUCUGGAAAAAGAGAGAGAGCUACAUUUGUCUUAAAGUCAUUCAGACGUCACAUCAGAUUAAAGUGUUUAUGUUUUCAGUAAA